AUGAAAAAAUCACAUUUUAAGAAUCAUGUGCGUUCUGCAAGACACGUGCAAGCAACAUGUCGACAGGAUCGAACAUCCCAGAUGCUGCUCACAAAAAUGGAAACUCAAGAUCAAAGAAAUAUCUUUCUGAGGAAGUACUUAGAAAAAUACACUAAGCAGAAUAUUCCUGAUGAAUCAACACUGAGGAAGAAUUAUCUUCCACGUGUUCAUCAAAAAGUGCUCGAAGAAAUUCGCAAAGAAAUUAGUGACAAUGUUACAUGGUUUGCUGUAGAUGAAACUAUAGACGCAUGCGAACGAUAUGUUGCUUUAAUGGUAGUACGAAAACUUGACGGAAAAGACUGCGCUAAAAUUUAUCAUCUUUUAGGUAAAUUUCUGAAGACGAAUGCACAGGCGAUAGCAAGAUUUGUUCAGGAAGGUUUAAUGCUGUUAUAUAAUUAA